AUGAUCACCUGGAAUGCAGGCGGACUACAUGCAUCGAUCUUCCGCGAGUUAACUACCUACCUUGCAGAUGAAGCAAUCGAUGUUUGCGUUGUGCAGGAGACACACUGGAACUACGACGCCAAUUGGAGCACCCCCGAUUUUCACUUCGUGCAUUCCUCAGGACACAACAAAGAAGAUAAACAAGGAGGUGUCCUCACCAUUGUCUCCACCAAGGUGGCAACAAGCUCAGAACUGCAAUACCACGAAAUCUGGCCGGGCCGCCUACUACACGUGAGAGUCAACAAGCACCAGCCCAUUGACAUCUUGAAUGUAUAUCAGUACACAGCGAAUGAUCAAUCGCUCACCCCGGAACGCAGGCACAAAUAUCUACUACGACUUCGGCACGCCCUGAGCGGAAUUCCCAGCCGCCACGUCAUGAUCUUAGCCGGGGAUUUCAACACUACAUGUGUCACUACCCCGAAGGUCUGUGGCAAGUGGGUGCUUCCUGCUAGCGAGGCACACAACAAGGACAACAACGACUUCAUGUCAAUCCUCAUCUCCUAUAGCCUCACAGCUUUGAAUACCUGGAACAGGCCAGAGCAUCAUCAGCUGGCCACCUUCACCUUCGGCACGCUUGCAUCUCAGAUCGACUACAUAAUAUGUAGACAAGCGGAUGCCAACAGUCAAGCCAAACAGGCAGCGAUUGUGCCACACUUCCCGGUUGCAAGCUGGAGAGAGGGAGCAAACCAUCACCCUGUACAGGCCUACAUUCGCAUUCCACAUCACACAAGCUCAGCACCACCCAUCCACAAAAGCCCCAGGAUCGACAUCAACCACAUCAUUGAGGACCUCAAGCUGCCGGAACCCACGCAGGCUCUCAAUUCCCUGCGUCACAGUGUCAAUAAAGGCAUUCGAGAUGGCGACUGGAGCACACUCCCACAACUCGAGGAAGGACUACUACAAGCAGCACAAGAGCUUUAUCCAAAACGUGCAGCUGAUGAUCCCCACAAAGAGGCGGAUAUGCAACUGUCUCACUGUGCUCGUCACAUGUGGGCAAUCUUCCGUGAGAUGAGAACACACUCCUUCAGCUUGACCGGCGUCUUCCACUCAUGGAGGCAAUGGUCUCAGUUCUCUAAGGCACAUAGAGAGCAUAAGAAAAGGGCCAAAGACCGCAGUAAAGCUUGGCGGAGAGAUCUGAUCCUGAAGGCCCAGCAAGCAGCCGAGAACAACAAUAUGUUCCAGAUCUGGGAGGUAGUCAAAAGUUUGGCCCCCAAGACGAAGCGCAAAAAGCUGCAGCUGUGCAGGAACGGACACAUGAUGACUCCUGAAGCCGAGCUUGACUGGAUCAUUGAAGAGUUCGGGGAGAGGUACGGAGCCAGAGCCCCACCAACUCAAGCACACAUCAGACAACAUGAUCCCAUACACAUUGGACCAGCAGAGGUAUGGCACCAACUCGAACAUCUGCCCGUUCGCAAGGCAGUUCCUGCUCACAUGGCUCCUUCAGUACUUUGGAAAGCCUGUUCGGCGGAAGUCUCAGUCUUUAUCUCUCAACAGGUAUGCGAACAAUGGAGCUCCCCGGUUCUACAUGUACAACAAGAAUGGGCCGAUGCCACAGUGGCUCUCUUGCCUAAACCAACAGGCAAGAACGACACGCCCCUUAGUUGGAGGCCAAUUGGCCUACAGCAUCCGGUGGGCAAAAGCAUCAUGAAGGUUCUCAUUGCACAGGCAAAGGACCAAAUCCAUGAUCUUGUCAAAAAGUGGCCUCAGUGUGCAUACGUACCCAACAGGAGCACCACUACGGCACUCAAGAGAGUCUACAAGCACUGUGCAAAGGUGCGAGAGGCUUGCAGUCAACACAGAGUGAACCUUCACCAACUGAAGGAGGGAGCGCAACCCAUCAGGAACUAUGGAGGACUCCAGAUAAGUAUGGAUCUUUCUGCAGCGUUUGAUCUUGUCUCCUGGGCUACCAUUAAAGAUGCGUUAGAAUUGGCACAAAUCGAUCCCAGUAUCCAGGAAAUUCUCCUUCAGUGGCUCAGCCAAGUUCGUUACACUUUUCAGCACAAAGGCAUGGAGAAGGACAUCUGGCCAUCAUGGGGAUUGAGACAGGGAUGUAUUGCAAGCCCAGUGCUCUGGGCUGCCUUCACAGCUCUCCUCAGUCAAGCAAUUGAUAAGCGCAUCGAGGACAAAUGGAGCUCGGACCACUCCACGAUGUACGCCGACGACACGCACUUACAAUGGACCUUUCAUAGUCUUUACGGCUUUGAGCAAACCAUCAGUGAGCUGAAUAGAGUGAUCGCUGUCUUCAGGCGGCUGGGAAUGAAGGUGAACACGACCAAGACCAAGGCCAUUCUUCGACUUACAGGCAACAUGAAGCAUUACAUCAAGAAACACUACAUUCGUUGCCACGGUAAUGAACGAAGACUGCUUCUUUCCCCAGGAGAUCCUACUGUAUGGAUCCAAUUGGUGGACCAGGCCGAGUAUCUAGGACUGAUCAUCUCCUAUGACAACUUUGAGCUACAGUCUGUCAAGCAUCGAAUCAACAAGGCUCACAAUCGAAGAUGGUCGCUGGCGUCGGUCCUCCACACCAAAAAGGUCUCGAUUCCGUAUAAGCUCAAUCUCUGGCGUAGCUGCGUACUCUCCACAAUGUUGUACGCCCUCCACAGCCUAUGUCUUGGUGCAGGCCAAAUACGUCUGCUUCAGCGGGCCAUCAUGCGCCACAUCCGGGCCAUUGUCUCGGACCAGGCUUUCCGUACGGGGCACACGCAUGAGGAUAUAAUGACUAAAUAUGGCAUUCAAACUGCACAAGACUUACUUGAGCGAGCACAUGAACGAGAUCAACAACAAGCAACAGCGACCGACUGGCUUGUGGACUCAGAGUGGAAUCACUCUAUCUCCCAGGCUCUGCUCGAGGCUGCUCAGACGACAGAACCAGAGUCAGACACUGAGAAAGCCAUAUGGGCUUGCCCUCUAUGCUCAGAGCAAUUUGUCUCGCAGGCAGCUCUCAAAACCCAUGCUAGGCGUGCACACAAAAUCGUGGCGCAGCGAAAGAACAUCUUCAACCGCAUCGUGCACUCCGUCGGUGGACUCCCUCAGUGUUCCGGAUGUCUCAAACGCUUCAGCAAAUGGCAGUCCCUUGAAAUACAUAUCAACACAGAUGCUUGCACUGCCCAGACGAUGAAGGACACGCAGGCAACCACUGACUUGACAGAGAUUGGGGCAAGCCAGAUUCCGCUGCCUACUCCCGAGAAGACUCCGGAUCAGGAACCAUUUCGAGAGAACAUGUUGCACACCGAGGUAAAGAAGGAUGCCGAGACCUCCGACACCAUAGCGCCCAGACCUGGACCCAUGCAAGAAGGUUCGAAGCAAAAAGACGGCGUGAAUGACUCCCAAGACCAUGUCACCAGUGCACCAGCCCACUCAUCAGGUAUGUCAUCUCAGCCCACACUUCAGAUCGAGCGGAUACAUGACUCAGUGCCAACACCUGUUGUACCGAUGAUUUUUCAGGAACGUGUGCUUUCUCUUGUGCAGAAAGGAUUGAAUGCCUUCAUUGCUGAAACAAGCAUCACGGCUUCUAUGCAACAGUCCUGUGCGCUAUGUGGACAAUGGAUAGCCUCGCAGAAAGUGGUUAAGACGCACUACCAGCACACACACAAGCAUCUUUAUCAGCAGCUUGCGCACAAAGCCCUCAAGCUCAUCGAGCAGAAAGCUACUCCGUGCAUACAGUGCCAUUUCUGCCACAGGAACAUGGCCUUCGGGGACCAGGAUUGGGAAGAAUUCUUUGGAGAGAUCCAGGGAGUGGACCUACCAAUGAUGCCAAGUGCGUCUCCGUGGAGCCAAGCACCAGCAGAGAGCCCCUUCACCUUCACGGGAAACAAAAGACGGAGGGACCCAUUCGGCGAGCAGAGACCGGUUCCACAUCCACACCCAGACCCGAGACGACAUCCCUUCCAAGCUCCGCCUCCUCGACACUACAACAGAGACCCCUUGCUGUAUACUUUGGCAAAAACGGUCUUGCAGCAACAGGAAGAGCUGAAGGUUCUCAAGCAAGACACGGCCCUGGUGCUUUUUCUACGCCCAGGGGAGGAAAGCGUACUUCAUCACCUAUACAAGGUAGCGGCGCACUUCAAGGCCAAACAGGAUCAGGAUGCAACAUGGCAGCUAGGCCAAAGCCCCCUUCGCAUGGUUUUGGCGGUGGCCCUCUUCAAGGAAAUCACCGACAGACUGACUCAGACAGUAGCUUCGCAAGAAAGACUGAAGAAGGUAGUGGACCAAGGAUGGAGAGACACCCAAGGAGGCUGGAGAUACCAGGUUUGGAAUCACAAGACCAAACAGCUCCAGCAAGACAGCAGCCGGCCACCGAUUCCGGAGGACAAGCUACUCGACCAUCUGGCCACCAUCAUUCAGUGUCUUCGCCAGCCCAUUGUCAACCGGUUCCGCUGCACGCGGAAACUUAUGGAAACAAUGUCAAGCCCAGCUACGUUCAAACUAGAUCUGUCGAUCCGCAGUCACAGUGCUUUGACAAUGUGGGAUACAAUGAAGAUGUUGCAGGGGAAUGCAGUUUUCCAACUUGCGGGAAUGGCCUACAAGACGGAAAGCCUGGCAAGAGGGCCUGCCGAGCAGCGACUGGCAGAGAUGAUUUAUGGCCGGAGGUAG